CGCCGACGCUCAGCGGUGAAGACGCCGGGCGUUCCGGGGCUCAGCGGGGUUCUGACUUUCUGUCCGAGCUUCCGCUGGCCUCAGGUCCCAGACGGGUGUUUGGCCCCAGCCUGGGUCAGGCUUUGGCGGCUACCGACCAGCUCACGCGGUGUGAGGGGCGCUGAGGAAAAGUGCCGCCGCAGAGACGUGCCGGAGAGGCCCUAGAACUGUAAGCGGAUCGGCUUCACUUUGUCCGAAGGAAGGAGGGAGCCUAGUCUGAGUAAAGAGCGCUCGACUCCAAGUCAGGCCUCUGCUGCUCGGUGGCUUCUCUUUCUGUGCUCCUGGUUUUCUCAUCUGUACAGUGAGGAGUAAGCCUGGGUGAUCUCAAAGUCCCUUCCAGUUCUGACACUAAGUUCUUCAUAAUAGGUUUUCAAAGAAGAAUGGAGGAAAAUAAGAAGCUUGCUACAGUGGAAGACUCUGUGGAGUACUGCCUAUUCCUGAUACCAGAUGAACCAAGAGACCCAGAAAAACACAAAGAGAUUCUUCAAAAAUAUAUUGAGAGGAUAAUGACCCAGUUUGCGCCUAUGCUGGUCCCCUAUAUCUGGCAGAAUCAGCCUUUCAAUCUCAAAUAUAAACCUGAGAAAGGAGGUGUUCCUGCUCAUAUGUUUGGCAUGACAAAGUUUGGGGAUAACAUUGAGGAUGAAUGGUUUAUUGUUUAUAUAGUAAAGCAAGUUACAAAGGAAUUUCCAGAGUUAGUAGCAAGGAUUGAAGACAAUGAUGGUGAAUUUUUGUUAAUAGAAGCUGCUGACUUUCUCCCUAAAUGGUUGGAUCCUGAUAAUAGUGCCAAUAGGGUGUUUUUCCACCAUGGGGAGUUGUGCAUUAUUCCUGCACCAAGAAAACCUAGAGCAGCAUCCUGGUUGCCCACCACACCCCCAACAAUCCCACAAGCAUUGAAUAUAAUCUCAACACACCCAGAAAAAAUUGUAGCUUCAGAAUCUAUUCGAGCUGCUGUGAAUAGGCGCAUCAAAGGAUAUCCAGAAAAAAUUCAAGCCUCCCUUCAUCGAGCACACUGCUUCCUUCCAGCUAGCAUUGCGGCAGUGCUAAAGCAGCGCCCCAGAUUGGUGGCUGCAGGAGUCCAGGCAUUUUACCUACGGGACCCCAUUGACCUGCGAGCCUGUCGUAUUUUCAAGACAUUCUUGCCUGAAACACGAAUAAUGACAUCGGUCUCUUUCACUAAAUGUCUGUAUGCCCAGUUGGUGCAGCAAAGGUUUGUGCCAGACCGGCGGAGUGGAUACAAGCUGCCUCCUCCAUCUCAUCCCCAAUACCGAGCCCAUGAAUUGGGCAUGAAGUUGGCUCACGGAUUUGAGAUCUUAUGCUCCAAAUGUAGCCCACAUUUUUCUGACUCCAAGAAAGCCCUCAUUACUACCUCACCACUCUGGGCUGGCUUCCUUGAAAGUCUGAAAAAGAAUGAUUACUUUAAGGAACUGAUAGAAGGUUCUGCUCAGUACCAAGAAAGGCUAGAAAUGGCAAAGAACUACUUCCAACUCUCAGUAAACCGGCCAGAAAGCUCUCUUGCUAUGAGCCCAGGUGAAGAAAUCUUAACCUUAUUACAGACAAUACCAUUUGAUUUAGAAGAGCUUAAGAAAGAAGAAGCUAAUCUUCCCCCAGAAGAUGAUGACCAGUGGUUAGACCUCUCACCAGAUCAGCUGGACCAGGUACUGCAGGAAGCUGCUGGCAAAAAAGAACCAGAGCCCAUUUCCAAGGGGGAGAAGGAGAACUAUGACUUAACUCAAGUCUCAGAGAGCAUGAAAGCUUUCAUAUCUAAAGUCUCAACCCACAAAGGAGCAGAGCUGCCUCGAGAACCUUCUGAGGCUCCAAUCACUUUUGACGCAGAUUCUUUUCUUAAUUAUUUUGAUAAAAUUUUAGGGCCCAGGCCUCAUGAGUCAGACUCUGAUGAUCUGGAUGAAGAUGACUUUGAAUGUUUAGAUAGUGAUGAUGACUUGGAUCUUGAAACACAAGAGCCCGGGAAAGAAGCAUCUGUAAAAGGAACUCUUGAUGAUCUCAAGUCAUACAUGGCCCAGAUGGACCAGGAACUGGCAUGUACCAGCAUUGGCAAGAGUUUCACUACCCAGAAGCAAAUGAUUGACUUCUCCUCUAUGAGCCCCAAAUGUUGCCCUCUCGGCACAAGUCUUUGUGAUCUCAACUCUGGGGUUCACACAAGGUUUUGAAGUUGGCAGAAGAGAGAGAAUCAAGCCUCCGGAUAGCCCGAGAUGAGAUUUACACACUCCGUGUUUAGGACAUUGUUCAUCUUUGUUGAGAAUUAAAUGUUAGGUAGAGAAAGGAAAGUAGAUAGGCAAAAAUAAAGAAUGAAUCAGUUGCUUUUUUAUUUCAGUUCCCCGUGUUGACCUUGAGCCAGGCUCACUCUGCUGACAAAUACAUUUGUUUUAACGUUUUACCUAUUUUGCUAUUCUACUUCAUGGACCCAGUGGGUUCUUUUUAUCCUUAGCACCUUCAAAACUCAUUGCCUCUCCAGCCAGCUAAGCCCUAUACCAAAGUUUCUUUUAUUUAUCUGCCAUUUUUCAGUAUCUGGACCCUGACCACUUCUGCCUCAGCUUUCAGAUAUCCUUGGAGCUCUAAGAAGCAAAGACCUUGUUCCAUUGUUCCAUUCACUGUUGGGAAACAAAGUUCAAUGUUGCAGCUCCUCCUGUUAGCCACUUUCAUCUUUUCUUUUCCAAAACAACACAUUAAUCCAAAAGCAAACAGUUAACUCCAUGGUAAGUUUGAGAAACUCAUAACCAGGAAUCCUGCACACUCCCCUUUCUAUCAGUAUUUUCAGACUGGGGAUGUGUACAGAUGUGCUCACAAACACACCCACAUAGAGAGAAAAAAGAUUGGGAGACAGUGAUACACAUGGACCCUGAACUGUUUUCUUCUAACUGCAAGAUAUGAAGAAAUCUCAGGUCCUCUCUUUCGAGAGUGCUUUUCCCUUCUACGUGCUGGGUUCAGCUCAGGUCAGGGCAAGCUGCCAAUCUAACAGGACAAUCAAGUCCCAUCACAUAUUAUCCCUCAACAUUUUCUGCUGAAGGCACUUUUGAUUUCCCCAAAGCAAUGAUGGUUUGCUGGCAAUACAAGAGCAAUGACCUUUUGGGAUCAAAAGGAAAUUGAGUGCUUCAACUUUUCUAGUUCUAGAACGUCUUUUGCUUAGUCCUAUGGGACUUGGAUGUGUAAAUAAUCUUAGGUUUCUGACAAUUGUGUCUUUAAUCACAAGUUAGUGCCAGUCACCUGAAGAUAUGACUUCCCAGCCAUUCCUCUUUUCUAAUGGACCUCUAACAGUAUUUCUUCUGCACAUUGCUUCAGUCGUUCCACAGACUUGGAACCUAGACUUAAAUGUUUGUCACACUAAUAAAACGAUUCUUUUCUCUUCCCGCCUUACAUUCUCACUU